CGACACAAGUCUGGCAUAGUUAGUUUUCAUAUUUGGGGCCAACAGAAAUGAGGUGGAAUUUUCUGUUGCUGUCGUCGUUUAUAGUUUUAAAAUUUACUAAGGUUAGUUCCGCAAAAGAGGAAGUGGCACAAGUUAGACGAAACUCGAAAUUACCAAAGAACGUAGCCAAAAUGCACCUAUUAAGUGGUUAACAAAAAUCACUGACGUGCAUAGAAGAAUAUCGGAAAUCAACACAAAUAAAAUUAUUGACCCGCACUAUCGCUGGACCAAUUAGUGUGAAGUGAAGUUGCAUCCCAGCAAACGUCAGACAUAAUUAUAUCCCAGUUAGUUACUCAUACAUAGUGGUCAACAGAUAUGAGGUGGCACAAUUUUCUAUCCACGCUUUUAGUUUUAACAUUUGCUGAGGUGAUUUUUGGAAAGGCGAGAGUGACAAAAGUUGGGCAAAAUGUGAAAUUACUGAAACAAGGCAGAAGAUUUCCAAUAAUCAAAUGCUGCGGUCAUCUGAAAUGCUCAGCUCAGUUUUCAAAGCUUUCUGCGUCGACUAGUUCAAAAGGAAACAGCUCAAACAGCUCUAAAAAUGCCGAUAAAUUUGACCCAAAAACCAAACCAACUGAAAUUGACCAAAUUUAUUUCAAAUCAACAUUGCGUCAAAUAAAUUCAAAAACUGAGACGCAAAAGAGAACUGCAUCUCCCGCCACUGAUGUACCCGUUGACGAUCUUAGCUCAAUUUCUGAGCAACAAAUUCUGGAGAAAACGUCAACAAGCGAAAUUGCGUCGUCAGACGUCACAUUUUACAGCAGCACGUCGAUGGGCCUCGUUGGAUCCAAAAGCACGGAUGCAGAUGUAAUUAAAAUCAGCGGCCAUUACACUAGUGCGGGCACGCAUCCUGCAAUUACAGAGUACAUUUCAAAUCAAAACAUCAUAACAAACGAAAUUUCGCAACUGACAGCGUCAGAUACAUUGACGAUCACUUCAAUUUAUCAAGAGUCAAGUCCUUCCUCUACGACAUUAGUAAUAACUAAAUUACCCUCGAUAGCUACUUCAACAAACACAUUAUCUACAUCAAGUUCAAUAAAUGCCGCACAAUGUGAAGCAUCAAGAUGCGAAAAACUGAUAUUCAAUGAAAGCACCAGUGAUGCCCUUCAAAUUCGCAGUAAAGGAAAAUCAAUUGUGAAAAAUGGAAAAACGUAUUUGCUGGUGCCGAAUGGCGAGUCUCAAGCACAAGCUGCCAAAAACUGCUUCUCUCUGAACAUGUCCCUUGUGGCCAUACCGGACGUUACAAAAAUUAAAUCCAUUCAUCAAAUUUUAAAAGAUCUGGACGUUUCAAAUAUUUGGACCGUGGGAUCGAACGAAGGAAACGGCUCUUGUCUGAACUACAAGUUAAAUUUUGCUUGGUGUCUGACAAACGUGGACAUUACUGCUGAAAUUUCAGCCAAAAUCAACGGAUCCAGUUCUGCAGAUUUGGGGCAGAAAGCUUUGGUUUUGGUUGCUGACAGCACCGGUGCUAAUUUUUUUGCACUUCCCUCCAGUAACAAACUGCCAUAUUUGUGCGAGCUUAAUCCCAUGAAAACAAAAUCUGAAGAUACGUGCCCAUCACUGGUUAGCGCGAAAAAUAAUUCACUGUUUGACAAGAGUGGAAACUUAAAAGACGGAGAAAAAUAUGGAAAGUGGAUAAAAGUCUGCAAGAAAAUGUAUCUUUUUUCUAACCAACUCGGAACGUGGCAGCAAAGUUGGGACACGUGUAACAGCCUCGGUAUGCGUCCCGUGUGGUUUCAGGACGCGUCUGAUAUGGAGUGUCUUUCGAACGCUACCAAAAGUAACUGGACUUUGAACUACAAUUACUGGACGGCAGGGCGGUCGCAGGGGUCGUGGGGUCAGUGGGCUUGGUGCACCCCCAAUGGCCCCCUCAUCUUACCCGACUCACUUUUGUGGGCAGAUGGACAGCCGGACAAUGCAAUUCCGGACGAAAUGUGUCUGCACCUACGGGUUGGCAAAAACGGCUCCGAUCUCGCACUCUCCGACCGAAACUGCUCAAACAAAUAUGUCAUCGCUUGUCAGGGCACUACAAGUCUCUCGACACUUUGCAAUAAGCCAAGUUGUCCCUCCAAGUGCGAGAAAAGCAACUCACUCUUUACUGGGAAUAAUGUCACCAAUCUCUUUGCCCACGGUCAGUGGAACUCUGGAUGUGGGAAGGAAUAUUUGUUUUCGUCAAAAUCAAUGAUUUGGGCAGACGCUUGGACAUACUGUUGUUCUCUUGGCAUGAAAUUAACCUCAAUUGAGGCUGUGAAUGAAUUGCAGUGUUUAACAAAUAUGGUAGCAAAAUAUCCUGCAGCAGUUUAUCCAGAUCAAACUGGGAGAGAUUUUUGGACCUCAGGGAGCAACACAGGGUGUCCAGGUCCUCACUUUUGGUGCUCAGAGAGCGAAAUAUUAAAAAUCGAGGAAAUCGCCAAUUGGAAAAACGGAAAAUUCCCGACGGAAGAAGCGGAAAUGUGUAUUUUCUUGAAUCUUUCAAACACAACCGUGAACCAAACAUAUCUCGGAGAAGGAAGUUGCACUUUAAAGAAACCUUUUAUUUGCGAAACUUUAAAGGCUGCAAGCAAAUCCGUUCAAAUUAAAACGUCUUGUCAGGAAAUUUGGAAUGUGUCAGACCUUCAAAUAGAUCAAAUCAUAAUGAAUAAAUCAGGUGACGUUACCACUCAGGAACGCAAUCUUAAAUGUUACAUCAGGUGUUGCGGGAAAAAAGGAAAUAUGAUAAAAGGUGGAAAUAUGGUGUCAGAUCAAAUUCUACGUGGGCUAGAAGACCUUAGCUCCAACGAUGAUCUCGGAUUGCAAUCUGCUUUCACUGGUUUCGAUUCCUGCUCCACAAUUAAUCACAAUGACGAGUGCGAGGCCAUGGCUAAGAUUUUCCAAUGUGGAAAAAAGACCGCGCCGGAACUUACUCUUGGGCUUGUUUCUUUAAACAAAGGCGUAGAAACCGUGCUUCCAUCCCCAGCAGGGAGCAUCAACACAAAAUAUCGAGUGUGCCCCGCUCAAUUUUCUCCUUGCACACCGGAUCUAAUAAAAAUUAACGAGCUGAAGACUACCGGUAACUUGUCAACAGGAGGUGAAUUACUAACCACAUCAACGGGUAAAAAGUAUUUCUGGAAGUUCGUAACUAGCGUGAAUUUGGCACAAGCCCAAGCACUGUGCUGUGAACUUGGAGGAAAUCUUAUAACAUUUGAAACGCUGAGUGAUUACAACGCGUUUGUGGCAAUAAAACCUGCAAUGACCGGCAAAUGGGGCUAUAUUUAUCCAACUUUUGACAAUGGUGACGGUACGGACAGUUGGUGCUCAAAUUUUAAGAAACUGCCCGUUGGACUUAUCGUGGACAUUAACCAGUUCUACCGUAAUGUUGCAAAAAAUAAUCAACUUUACCUCAACGCUAUCGGGCUUACGUUAAAUAGCGUCGGAUCAGUGGCAAGUUUCGCCAUAUGUGGACCUCUGCCUUAUUGAUUUGAAGUUAAUCGAUGGAAAAAUUUUAACUUGAACUUACUAAGCCUAUUUGAUUCACCCGACUUGAUUGGCAAUUAA